GAGGAAGUGUUUUGUUCUUAAGGCAAAGCAGAAGACGAGGAAGCAAAGUGACUGAUCUGUGCUGCAGCUGUGCUCGCAUGACAAAGGAAGAAUGUGUAUGUGAGCUGAUGUGGAUCCAGUAAAUCCAGCAGCAUGGAUCAGUGUGAGGACAGAGAGGAGGGAGCCCCUCCCUCUAAAAGCACUCUGUUAGAUGAAAAUGAGAGCCGGAGCAAAGCUCAGAGGAACCAACUUGGACCUGGAUCUGAAACCAGCCAUGCGUCCUUCACGAGUAACAGGUCAAAGGAUUUUGGACUUAACUUUGAAGGCAGCAGUUCAGAAGUGGAACAGUACCAAGUGGACCAGCAGAGCUCAGAGACUCCAAAUGGUCCGUCUGUCCAGCAGCAUCAAAAACAGCUGGACUCCAUCUUUCUGCUGCUGGAGGAAAACAUUGUCACUUUUGUGAAGAAAGAGCUGAAGAAGAUCCAGAAGCUUCUGAAUCAGAAGACAGAUGAGGAGGAUCUGAAGGAUGAAGAUGAAGGGCAGAGGAGCAGCAGAGAGUCACUGAUGAAGAUCACAGAGAACUUCCUGAGGAAAAUGAAGCAGGAGGAGCUGGCUGAUCGAUUGCAGAGCAGAUUUUUUGCAGUUUGUCAGCAUAAACUCAAAUCUGGUCUGAAAAAGAAGUUCCAGUGUUUAACUGAGGGAAUCACCAAAGCAGGAAACUCAAUCCUUCUGAAUGAGAUCUACACAGAUCUCUACAUCACAGAGGGAGGAACUGGAGAGCUGAAUGAAGAACAUGAGGUCAGACAGAUUGAAGCAGCAUCCAGGAAAGCAGACAGAGCAGAAACAAGCAUCAGACAAGAAGAGCUCUUUAAACUCCCAGCUGGAAGACAAGAACCAAUCAGAACCGUGAUGACAAAGGGAGUGGCUGGCAUCGGGAAAACAGUCUUAACAAAGAAGUUCACUCUGGACUGGGCUGAAGGCAAAGCUAACCAGAACAUCCACUUCAUAUUUCCAUUCACUUUCAGAGAGCUGAAUGUGCUGAAAGAAAAGAAGUUCAGUUUAAUGGAACUUGUUAAUCACUUCUUCCCUGAAACCAAAGAAGCAGGAAUCUGCAGCUUUGAAGACUUCCAGGUCAUCUUCAUCUUUGAUGGUCUGGAUGAGUGUCGACUUCCUCUGGACUUCCAUAAAACUCAGAUCCUAACUGACCCUAGAAAGUCCACCACAGUGGGUGAUCUGCUGACAAACCUCAUCAGGGGGAAGCUGCUUCCCUCUGCUCACCUCUGGAUCACCACACGACCUGCAGCAGCCAAUCAGAUUCCUGCUGAGUGUGUUGACAUGGUGACAGAAGUCAGAGGGUUCAAUGAACCACAGAAGGAGGAGUACUUCUGGAAGAGAUUCAGAGAUGAAGAGCAGGGCAACAGAAUUAUCUCUCAAAUAAAGAGAUCCCGAAGCCUCCACAUCAUGUGCCACAUCCCAGUCUUCUGCUGGAUCACUGCUACAGUUCUGGAGGUUCUGCUGAAGAGCACAGGAGGAGAGUUGCCCAAGAGCCUGACUGAGAUGUACAUCCACUUCCUGGUGGUUCAGGCCAAGGUGAAGAAGGUCAAGUAUGAUGGAGGAGCUGAGACAGAUCCUCACUGGAGUCCAGAGAGCAGGAAGAUGAUUGAGUCUCUGGGAAAACUGGCUUUUGAGCAGCUGCAGAAAGGCAACCUGGUCUUCUAUGAAUCCGACCUGAAAGAGUGUGGCAUCGAUAUCAGAGCAGCUUCAGUGUACUCAGGAGUGUUCACACAGAUCUUUAGAGAGGAGAGAGGGCUGUACCAGGACAAGGUGUUCUGCUUCAUCCAUCUGAGUGUUCAGGAGUUUCUGGCUGCUCUUCACGUCCAUCUGACCUUCAUCACCUCUGGAUUCAACCUCAUGGAGAAAGAACAGAUGAUGCCAAUUGAGUUCUACCAGAGUGCUGUGAACAAGGCCUUACAAAGUCCAAAUGGACACCUGGACUUGUUCCUUCGCUUCCUUCUGGGUUUUUCACUUCAGACCAAUCAGAGUCUUUUACGAGGUCUGAUGACUCAGACAGGAAACAGCUCACAGACCAAUCAGGAAACAGUCCAGUACAUCAAGAAGAAGAUCAGUGAGAAUCUUCCUGCAGAUAAAAGCAUCAACCUGUUCCACUGUCUGAAUGAACUGAAUGAUGAUUCUCUAGUGGAGGAGAUCCAGCAGUCCCUGAGGUCAGGACGUCUCUCCACAGAUGAACUGUCUCCUGCUCAGUGGUCAGCUCUGGUCUUCAUCUUACUAUCAUCAAGAGAAAAAUUGGAAGUGUUUGACCUGAAGAAAUACGCUGCUUCAGAGGAGGCUCUUCUGAGGCUUCUGCCAGUGAUCAAAGCCUCCAAUAAAGCCCUACUGGACUGCUGUAACCUGUCAGAGAGAAGCUGUGAGGCUCUGUCCUCAGUUCUCAGCUCUCAGACCUCCAGACUCAGAAUUCUGGAUCUGAGUAACAACAACCUGCAGGAUUCAGGAGUGGAGCUUCUGUCUGCUGGACUGAAAAAUUCACACUGUGAACUGGAGACUCUCAGUCUGUCAGGUUGUCUGAUCACACAGAAAGGCUGUGCUUCUCUGGCUUCAGCUCUGAAGUCCAACCCCUCCCAUCUCAGAGAGCUUGAUCUGAGCUACAAUCAUCCAGGAGUGGCAGGAGUGAAGCUACUGUCGGCACAGCGGGAGGAACAGUGGAGACUGGACACUCUCAGGGUGGAGCCUGCUGGAGAUCGGUGGUUGACUCCUGGUCUGAAGAAGUAUUCCUGUCACCUCACAAUCAACACAAACACAGUGAACAGACACCUCAAACUGUCUGAAAACAACAAGAAGGUGACCUUUGAGAAGGAGCUUCAGUCAUAUCCUGAUCAUUCAGACAGAUUCGACGUGUUCCAUCAACUGCUGUGCAGAGAUGGUCUGACUGGUCGCUGUUACUGGGAGGUCGAGUGGUCAGAUCUUGGUUACAUAUCAGUGAGUUACAGAGGAAUCAGAAGAGAAGGAAACAAUAAUGACUGUUUGUUUGGUUGGAACAGUCAGUCCUGGACUCUGUGCUGCUCUCGUGAUCGUGGUUACACGGUCUGCCACAAUAAUAGAGAAACAUACAUCUCCUCUUCCUCCUCCUCCUUCUCUCACAGAGUAGCAGUGCAUGUGGACUGGCCUGCUGGAACUUUGUCCUUCUUCAAAGUGUCCCAUGACUCACUGUUCCACCUCUACACCUUCAACACCACAUUUACUGAACCUCUUUACCCUGGUUUGGGGUUUAGAGCCUGGCCCGAGUCCUACAUGGUUCUGUCAGAGAUAAGGUUGUGAUUCUUUUAGAGAACCUUUCUGUUGAACGAUUAGUUCAGUCUGUGUAUGUCUCUCUUCACAUUUGACUCAAAGCAGAUCAUCUUCAAAAAUAUUUUCCUCUUUGGUAAACAUUUUUAUUUUUUCAAAUAUACAAGAAGGACAAGCUGCAUGUUUCUUUUUAGAUCUUGAAGGAUUGCUGGCAUCACUACAUGAUCACUGUCAAAAAGUCUCGAGAGGGAUAAUUGUCAUGUACCAUUGAGACCAACAGCCACAAUCUACGUGAAGUUUUUAAAGCCGUCACCACAGUCUGACUGCUUGAAGCAUCCUCUAAAUUGUGUAAUGAAUUUUUAAUUUUUUUCAUUCAGAAAGUUUCUGACAUAAGAGCUGUUAUUUCAGCACCCAGCUCUAAUCCAUCGCAGUCUGUCCCUCCUUGAGGUGUGCUCUAGUAAUUUGAGCCUGUGACCUUGUCUUUUCUAGAAGACAUUAUCAUUCACAUGAAACCAUCAGGCUCUCCUCUGGAUGCCAUCACCCCUUGGUUCUUUAAACAAAUUUUCACCAUCAUAGGAGACUUACCGUACUCAACUUUAGGCCCAUCUCUAGGUUACCCUUUCUAUCAAAAAUCUUGAAGAAGGUGGCUUACCUACACUUGAACUCUUUUCUCGAUAGGAACUGUGCCAUGGAGAAGUUAUAGUCCUGAUGAAGGGAACUGUGUUGUCCUUCUUUUGCUUGACUUUUCAGCAGCAUUUGACAUUGUGGACAAGAAUCCAUUGUAUGAAUUCAUGAAUCUUUGAUUUGAA